AUGUGGCCUAGGCCCAUCCAGACCGGGGCCCACAGCAGCAGCACCACCCCGCCCCACAGAGUCCGGGGCAGCCCACCUGACCCCACCGCAGAGAAAACUGCACCCACCUCAUCGUUUUUUGGCCAACUCAAGAACCUUUCAAAUGCUGCCAUGAAUUUGACAACAGUUAUGUAUCGGGACCCGUUAAACAUAGCUAUUGUCAAGAAUGUGAUAACUGUGGUCCUCAGUAUCGCCAUCAUCUAUGUCAACGGCACCUUGCUGCACACAUUCAAAAAACAUGAGGUUUUCAACACAAAUCCUCGUUACAUCCUGUACAUUCAUCUGGUAAUCAAUGAUAUCCUCCUGCUCAUCAUGUUCACCCUCCUUCAAGUUCUCAGUUACGCCAUUUUCACUCUUCAUGUGCCCUUCUGUAUUAUUUUGCUAGUGAUUGCCAUCAUUUCCAGCCUUAACACUCCAAUGACCCUCGCUGUGAUGGCAGUAGAGUGUUAUGUUGCCAUAUGCUUCCCUCUCCAGCACUCACAGAUCUGUACAGUCAAAAAUGUAACCGUUGUGAUCACAGUGAUAUGGGUGCUAAGUUCACUUACAAUUCUGCCAGAUUUAUUCACCAUCUUGGCCACAGAAUCCAGAGAUUUCUUUCAUUCAAGAGUCUUCUGCCUUUGGAAAACAACUUUCAGACCUCCUGAGCUAGAAAAGAAGAGAGAUAUAUCCAACAUUGUAUUUCUGGUUAUUGUUUGGCUCAUCCUUGUCUACACAUAUUUCAGAAUUCUUUUCGCUGCACAGGCAGCUGCUGCAAACGCCAGGAAAGCAAGAAACACUGUACUGCUGCACGGCUUCCAGCUGCUGCUGUGCAUGCUCAACUACGUGUAUGAUUUGCUGCUCAAUGGUUUGACAUCCUUGUUUCCAAAAGGAGUACUGACUAUCCGCUACACAGUCUCAAUACUAAUACAUGUUCUGCCUCGAAUCAUCAGUCCAGUUGUUUAUGGGAUACGAGAUAAGAUGUUCAGAAAGUACCUGAAAAAAUACUUGUUUCAUACAAAAAAUGCUAAUGCUUUUGUACACAGGUAA